AUGGAGCAAACGAUUGUUGAAAAUGGAGUUACAGAGACUCAACUGCUUCCUGCUCGUGAUGAUGCAUAUGGGGGAGUUGUUGUGGAAAUGGAGAAGCCUAUGGACCCCAAUUUCUUUCAUAAAAUGCUUAAAGCUUCGCUCUUACAAUGGAAGCUGCAGGGCAAGAAGGUGGAUUUCGACGGAAUUAUUGUGUGCGGUGUAUCUAUCUCGCAGUUGAGCUGCGGCUUAAUGGAGCAAACGAUUGUUGAAAAUGGAGUUACAGAGACUCAACUGCAAGGACGAGCACUUCUACGUAUACCGGGAGUUGUAGUGGAAAUGGAGAAGCCUAUGGACCCUAAUUUCUUUCAUAAAAUGCUUAAAGCUUCGCUCUUACGAUGGAAGCUGCAGGGCAAGAAGGGUGUGUGGAUCAAAUUACCAAUUCAACUUGCAAAUCUUGUUGAAAUUGCAGUCAAGGAAGGAUUUUGGUAUCAUCACGCUGAGCCUCAUUACUUGAUGCUAGUAUACUGGAUUCCUGAAACUAUCAAUACCAUCCCUGCACAUGCAACACACCGAGUUCGAAUUGGUGCCAUUGUCCUGAAUGAUAAAAGAGAGUUGCUUGUUGUUCGAGAAAAGUAUGGCAGGUUUCGGGAAAGAGGAAUUUGGAAGAUUCCAACCGGAAUACUUGACCAAGGUGAGGAUAUUUCUGUAGGUGCAAAAAGAGAAGUACAAGAGGAAACAGGAAUUGAUACAGAAUUUACUGAUGUUCUAGCAUUCAGACAAAUGCACAAGUACUUUUUCGAGAAGUCGGAUUUAUUCUUUCUUUGCAUGCUACGACCUCUAACCUUUGACGUUAAAAAUCAAGAUUCAGAAAUCACGGGAGCUCAGUGGAUGCCAAUUGAGGAAUAUGCUGCGCAACCUUUAGCGCAUGAAGACUGGAUGUUCAAGGAUGUCAGUGAUUUAUGCUUAGCAAAACUAGACAAGAAUUACAAUGGAUUAUCUCCAUUGCCAAUAACAUCAUUUUUCAAUGAUUUGGUAAGCUACCUUUAUGUCAACAAACAUGACUUGAACCUGUAA